GGCCCGCCUGGCGCAUGCGCGCUGCAUUGUUUUGACUGAAAAUGCCGUCGGUUUCGAAAGCGGCGGCGGCGGCGCUGAGCGGGUCCCCCCCGCAGACGGAGAAGCCGACCCACUACAGGUAUCUAAAGGAAUUUAGGACAGAGCAGUGCGCCCUGUUUGUGCAGCACAAGUGCGCCCAGCACAGGCCAUUUACCUGUUUCCAUUGGCAUUUCCUAAAUCAGCGUCGGCGCAGACCGCUCCGCAGGCGCGACGGCACCUUCAACUACAGCCCGGACGUGUACUGCUCCAAGUACGACGAGGCCAGCGGCGUGUGCCCCGACGGCGACGAGUGCCCGUACCUGCACCGGACGACCGGGGACACGGAGCGCAAGUACCACCUGCGCUACUACAAGACCGGGACGUGCAUCCACGAGACGGACGCCCGUGGCCACUGCGUCAAGAACGGGCUGCACUGCGCCUUUGCGCACGGCCCGCUGGACCUGCGGCCGCCUGUGUGUGACAUCAGGGAGCUGCAGGCCCAGGAAUCCUUGCAAAGCGGCCAGCUUUGCGCUGGGGACGGCGUCCCUGAUUUGCAGCCCGGGGCCUUGGCCAGCCAGGCCAUGAUCGAGAAGAUCCUGGGCGAGGACCCCCGGUGGCAAGACGCCAGUUUCGUGCUGGGCAGCUAUAAGACAGAGCCGUGUCCGAAGCCACCGCGUCUGUGUCGCCAGGGCUAUGCGUGUCCGCACUACCACAACAGCAGGGACCGGCGGCGGAGCCCGCGAAGGUUCCAGUACAGGUCCACGCCGUGUCCCAGCGUGAAGCACGGUGACGAGUGGGGUGAGCCCGCGAGGUGUGACAGCGGGGACAGCUGUCAGUACUGCCAUUCCCGCGCGGAGCAGCAGUUUCACCCGGAGAUCUACAAGUCUACAAAGUGCAACGACAUGCGGCAAACCGGUUACUGCCCCCGGGGCCCCUUCUGCGCCUUCGCACACGUGGAAAAGAGCCUCGGAACGGCCAACGGCUGGGGCUGCCCCGCGCCCGCCCGCAGCUCCGUGGCCAGCAGCGGCCAGCCCGUGCACGCGAAGCGGAGAGAGUCCCCUGCCGAGGGCAGCCACAAGGCCGCUGAGCAGGACAGCAAGCAGAACCACCUGCCGGUGUCCACAGGGGCUCAUCCGCUCGCCCCCAGCCUGGGUUCCAGCGUGGCGUCCGGCGCCGGCUCUGGCAGCUCCUCCCCGGCCGCCCUGCCCUCGGCUCCCCGCACCCACCCGCCUGAGCCCGCCCCAGGCCCCGCUGUGGAUCUUCAUCCCGGCGAUGUCAGCCUCGCACCCCUAGAUAAGGAGCUGGAAGAGCAUGACCUGGGCGACCCGGGACCGGCAGGUCCGCGUUCGCCGGGGGGCUCGGCACCCGUCACCAUCCCCGGCCGCCUGCCCCGCUCCCCGUCCCUGCUGUCGUCCCCCUCAGUGUCUGCCUCCCCACUCAGCUCGCUCUCCCAGUCUCUGUCGGGGCCCCUCGUCUCUUCGGCCAUGACGCCCCCCCAGCAGCCACCGGCCCUCACGUCGGAGCCCGGGGCGCUGGGCUCCUCGGCUGCAUCCUACAGCUCCUUAGGCUUGAACGGCGUCCCUGGGAGCAUCUGGGACUUUGUUUCUGGCAGCUUCUCUCCCAGCCCGUCCCCCAUCCUGAACGCCGGCCCUGCCCCCGCCUCAAGCGCCAGCCCGAGUGGAGCGGAGCUGGCCCGGGUCAGGCGGCAGCUGGACGAGGCCAAGAGGAAGAUCCGGCAGUGGGAGGAGUCCUGGCAGCAGGUGAAGCAGGCCUGUGACGCGUGGCAGCGGGAGGCCAAGGAGGCCAAGGAGCGGGCGCUGGCGGCCGACAGUGCGCGGCAGCUGGCGCUGCAGAAGAAGGAGGAGGUGGAGGCCCAGUUCCGGAGGCUGCGGGAGGAGCUGGAGGGCCGAGGGCCGGGCGCCACGCUCCCGGGGCUGCCGCGCUGUGCCGACCUCGGAGCCACCCCCCUCCCCAAGCUGCACUCGCUGCAGACUCGGCUGCGCCUGGAUCUGGAAGCCGUGGACGGGGUGAUCCUCCAGCUUCGAGCCAAGCAGUGCGCUGUGUGCCGGGAGCGGGCCCGCGGCGGCGCCCUGCAGCCCUGCGCCUGCUGCGAGGGCCCACCGCUCCCGUGGUGACCGCCGCGUCCUCACCGGCCCCUCGGGCGCCCCCGGGCUCCGGAACGACGGGGGCUCGCGGACCUGACGCACCGGGACCCUGACCAGCACUUUGUAAACCGGGGGAUUUAGACGUUCUAAGUUGCUGUAAGCUGCUUCCUAGGUUCGUGAUUUUUUUACUAUGCGGUAACAUGAAGCUUUGUAUGUGUACUGUGAGCUGAGGACAUUUCCUGUCAGUUUCUUGUUAAUUCACGGUAUGGUAAAGACCUUUGAUUUCCUUUUCUGAAAUUAGUACUUCUGAGAUGAGCGUUUAUCUAGUAGUGAGAAACACCUAGGACUUCUCAAUAGUUUCCAAAUUAAGUGCAGACAUAGUAUUUAUAGCAGUGAGACUGAAAGACACAUCUAGGGUUUUAGUUUUGUGAAAGGGACGCUCUCAAUGGCGUGCACGCGCACAUUAAUUGGAGGUUUGUAUUCCAGGCCCGUGAAAUGGCGUUGCGCCUGAUUUGCCCCAUGACCCGUGGCCACUUUUUCUAAGUGCCUGAGCCUUGCGAAAGGAGCGAAGGAGGCCCUUCGCGCAGGUCCGUUCUCUCCUCUAGUGAGCAGCACGGCGGGGGGGGGCCCAUUGGUGGAGGCUUCCGCGUUAGUUUUACAAAGCUGUGCCUCGGCGGCACCCGUAGCCUCUGGAGCCUGCUGGAGGGCGUCCCGGCUCCUUCGCGGGCAGCCUGAGGCCAGAGACUCGCUCAUGCCCCUCCCUGCGACCAGACAGACGCCCGCCCGGGACCCCUGCCUGCAAGGGAGAGGCUCACAGGCCGCGGUGUAACCCAGGUAUUACCAGGGUCACUCGGGGGACCCCAGGGUUGCAGAGAGAACCUGGCUGCCCUGCCGUGGCAAAAACACUCCCGAGAACAGGUCUGGUUUUGGUGAGGACCAGAAUCUUCUCUGGUCUGCACUGGGUCAUUUUUCCUAGCAAUCUGGGGAGAAGCAAAAGAGGUGAGUGGUCUACCCAGACUUUGCUCUCCCCGAGGCACAUCUAGCCGGCUGCAAGAUCUUUCCCGAACCUGCCGCUGGGGUGGGAGCAGGUCACGGCCCCUCUGGCCUGGAAGUGAGCGCCGGUGCCUCUCGGCCCACUGUGGCUUUGCCAAAGACUUUUAAUAGCAUUUUUUAAAGCGCAGAAUGGCUCGGUAAAAAUUAUCAGUGACCAAAUAUUUAGUAAGAGGCUUAAAACAUUUUUAACGUAAGACAAAGCGGUAGUUCUGUUCUUUAAGGGGGGCCCGUGGCGGGCUGCAGCGAGUCCACUACCACAGGUGACCGUCGACUGGGUUUUAGUGAAUCGACUUUGUUUUUAAUGAUAGUGAUGAUGAUUUAUUAGCUCUUAGAAAUGACGUAUAUUUUGUGCUACUGUUACCACCGUUUAAAAUUCUUUAUUUUUAUUAAUAUUUAUGCACUUGUUUCACAUUUCAGACCUUUGGUCUUUUAUGGGAAACAGAACAACGUUUUUAUUGUGGGUCCCCAGCCUCGGCAUCGUCAGAUGACAAACUGGGAACAGCCCGCAUGCUCCCCGUAGGCGGCUCGGGCGGGCUCCGCACAGCAGGCAGACCAGGCAGGGCUGCAGCGUCGCGGGGCCCCUCGGCCCUGCCUGAGCCGGUCCUUUCUGCUCGGGGUCUUGGCUGUGGCGGCCCUGGUCUCCUGCAGCAGGCGUCCCUACCCCGCAGGCCUCACGGGCUGGGCCACUGCCCUCGCACGGGUGACGGGAGCACUGGGUGCGGGGUUAGCGAUCACGGGGCAUGUUAUGGCCUCCGGCUGUUUGGAACUGGGGUCGGCAGAAGACCUCAGGUCAGUGUGGACACUUCACGUGGAUUAAUUUAUGGAAGCCUCAAUCUCUGUUUGUUCUGAGUAUUUAGAGGAGGUCGUUACUGGAAUGAAUUUUCUUAACCCAGAAGGUAGUAUUUAUAAAGCAUAAUCAUUUACUUGUAGUGAACCGUUCCAAGUUAACACUUGUUUAAAUUUUUUUACACUAUAGCAUUUAUGCAAUGGUUUACAGAAUUCAUGGAAUUAUUUUUAUCAGUAUGGAAAUUAAUUAAAACUUUGAAUCUUUA